AUGUCACUUGCCUUGAACAUACACUCUCAACGAUUCCAGUUGAUUGCAACUGCCGUCGCUGCUUCUCUCGUAACCGCCGGAGCGCUAGCUGCGUACAACUCCGUGUCGAAGAGAGAACGAAGGCGCAACUUGAGCGAAGAAGUCUUGCGCUCCGUUUCCAAUGAGGCCUCCGUCCACACCCUCCCGGAUUACUCGGUAUACAAGGAGGACGCGUCAAUAAGGGAACCUCCGCACGAGAUAUCGCUGAGCUCCAAUUUUCGCUACGACGAGGAGCUUAUUCGCGAGCAGCUAGCUCGCAAUUAUGCGUUCUUCGGUGAAGAAGGGAUGGCCAAAAUUAGAGGCGGGUCAGUCGUGGUCGUCGGCUGCGGAGGUGUGGGCAGCUGGGCUGCGGUGAUGCUCGUUCGUUCUGGUAUCUCCAAAAUUCGACUAGUUGACUUCGACCAGGUUACCCUGUCAUCUUUGAACAGACAUGCAUCGGCGACAUUGAACGAUGUCGGCACUCCGAAAGUGAAAUGUUUAGAGCGCAACCUCAAGCAGAUUGCUAAAUGGAUAGACGUAGACUGUCGAGCAGAAAUUUGGCGUAAGGAGGAAGGUGGUGAUUUACUAGAAGGAGUCGAUUGGGUGAUAGAUGCUAUCGACAACAUCUCGACAAAAGUAGAUCUACUGAAAUAUUGCCACGACCAUAAUCUGAAGGUGUUUUCCUCAAUGGGAGCGAGUGCCAAAAGCGACCCAACCCGUAUCCAGAUUAGCGACAUAUCACACACGAUAUACGACCCCCUGGCACGCUCUGUUCGCCGCCGUUUGCGAUUACUGGGCGUUACUUCGGGCAUCCCGGUAGUUUACUCAACAGAAGUACCAGGCGAUGUUAAAUUACUUCCUCUUCCUGAGGAAGAGUUUCAGAAAGGCCCUGUGAAGGAGCUGGGUUUCUUUGACGACUUCCGCGUUCGGAUUCUCCCUGUCAUAGGCCCACUACCAUCCAUCUUCGGCCUCAACAUUGCCACCUAUAUCCUUUGCGAACUGGCCGGCAAGCCCAUCCUUAAUCCGCUACCUAUCAAAAACCGCAAGAAGCUCUACGAGCGGCUUCUGCGCGACUUGCUGCACCGGGAGUCCAAACUGACCGGCGAAACCAUCAACAAACUCCCGAUUGACGAAGACGACGUUGGGAUGAUCUUUGAGGACGUCUACCUCGGUCGCUCGGUCAUCCCGCCCCACUUGGUACCUUCUAGGCCAGCACUCACCCGGUGGAUUCUCACACAACCACUAACACCGGAGAAUUGCGUUGUAAUGGAAUACGCUGAUGCGGAGAAGCACGUCAAGGAAUGCUCCAACCCGACGAUACACCCAAGGGACAUCUGGGGCGAAGAUGUCAAUGCGCUUGUAGAGCGACGUUCGGAGGAGGUGGCGAGGCAGCGUGCGUGGGUUGUAUCAUAUUGA